AUGGCCAACGACGGAGCUUCAUCCAGCACACGACGCAUUCCACUGCCGCCAACCGUGAAAUGCGUGGAAGCUGCAGAGGAGAGGGACGAGAUUGCUCCAACAUGUAGAUGCGGGGUGUACGCCAUAUUGUACAAAUCGAGGACGACGACGAACCCUAAUAGAUUGUUCUUUGGAUAUCCAUUCUUUAAGGUAUCUGAAAAAUCCAGUCACUGCAAGUUCUUCUUAUGGUUGGAUGACCAUGUUUCAACAAUAAGAGUCCUUGAGAAGUUUAUUACAGAGAACGAGGUUGAUGAUCUGAAAGUGUAUCUUGGGAAGAAGGUAGUGGAACAGAAACUGAUUGAUUUGGAGAAGAAGGUAUUGCAUCUAGAGAGGAAGAAGAAUGUUAAUCUGUAUUUGAUUAUUCUUGCAGUGGUUUCUGUAAUUUUUGCUUCUGUUAUUGCCAAACUUGGCUGA